AUGAUGGUGGAGACGCUGAGUAUCGCGGUGAUCGGUGCUCCCGGGGUGGGCAAAACUUCUAUCAUCCGCCAGUUCAUCUAUAACGACUUCUCCGAGGCGUACACGCCGACCCGGAGCAGAUACGUGCACAGACCCGCCGUCAUCCUGAACGGGAACAUGUACGAGCUGAAGGUUUUGGACGUCCCGCCAAUCUCCUCUUUUCCCGCCAGCGCCAGUCAGGAGUGGCUUGAUUUGCGCUGCAGAGGCGUCCGCAACGCCAACGCCUACAUCCUGGUGUACGACAUCUGCUGUGUGGAGAGUUUUGAAUACGUUAAAAUGAUCCGACAGCAGAUAGUAGAGAACAGGGAAGGCAGCAGCAGCGAGGUCCCCAUCCUGGUGGUGGGCAACAAGAGAGAUUUGCAGCGUCAGCGCUUCAUGCCCCGCAGGGCGGUGUCAGUCCUGGUGAAGAAGACCUGGAAGUGCGGUUACGUGGAGUGCUCUGCCAAGUUCAACUGGCACGUAGUCCUGCUCUUCAAAGAGCUGCUGGGCAUCGCUGUGGCACGGGGCAUGCGCCAGAACCACACCUCCAUCCGUCUGCAGGGGGCUUUACAGAGGAACCGCUGCACCGUCAUGUGA